UCAUCAUCGAAGCCCGGAUCUAUCGCAUCUCUCGUUUGCCCUCGAUGUCGCCCAUUCCGCGGCAGAAACGACUCGCGUAACGGGCAAACUGUCUUCUCCUCCUCCCACCUCCGCCUGCCUUAUCGCCCUGCUAUCGGCUUCCCUGGCCGCGCCGGACGAUGGCAGAGAUCAUCGCCGUCGGCAUGGGGCUGUACCAAGGCUACGUCACCGUCAGGCUUCUGUGUUCCACUGCCAACAUCGUCAAGGAUGUGUCAUCAGGGCUCUCGACAUAACGGCCGUCUUCUCCCUCUCUGCUUCCCCAGUGCUUCCACCCGUCGUCGGCUUCCACGGCGACAGCCUGUCUUCUCCUCUUCCCGCCUCUGCCUGCCUAUCGCCCUGCUAUCGGCCUCCACCGCGCCAGACGAUGGCAGAGAUCAUCGCCGUGGGCAUGGGGCUGUGGCAGUGCUACGCCUCUGUGAAGCUUCUCUGUUCCACUGCCAACAUCGUCAAGGAUGUGUCGUCGGGCAAUCGUCCGAAAGCAACCGACGUUGUUCGAGUUGCCAUGGGGGUUUUUGGCAUCAGCAUUGAAAUCGAGCCGCUUGAGGCGCUGGUGGACGCCGUGGCCGAGCCCGUGGCCGAGCGUGUGGCUGAUGCUGCGGCAGCGAUCGAAGAGCACGUUCCCGGCCUGCUGCCGCAGAUGGUCAGGACGGGCGUCAGAGCUCACGGGCUGGCUGAGCAGGAGGCUUGGCUGGGCCUGGAGGCCGGACACCAAACGCAGCUUCCUGCGCUAGGCUCGGUCGACACCGACUUGGUGCUCACUAAAGUCGCCGAUGUGGCGGGAGGUGCGACUCGAUUCGUGCUCCAAAAUCAAGACGAGAUCCCGAUGGUGAGGAACGCCUUUGAGAAACUCAUCGCAAAGGGCUUCGAGAUCGCCGGUGAGGGAGAAAGAAGAAACACGGCAGUCAGUCGACACACAUGACAUGAACGGCUUGUCCCCCCUCCCUCCCUCCCUCCCUCGCUGUCUGUCUGUCUGGAUCGAUCAGAUUGGGACAAGACGGUGGUUCUCAUGGCGGCGGGGUGGGCUGAUCGGGCAGCAGCGGCACGGUCUGUCACCACCACUAGGAAGGCAACACCAGAGCUGCCCGGCCUGCAGGCUGCGUGGCUCCUGGCGUCCGACAGGGCCAAGAUCCUUUUCGACGCCUUCGGUGUGCCGCCCUUCUACGGAGGCACCACUCCAGGCAGGCUGCGUCGGCACCAUCUCGUCGGGGGCAUCAGUAAGCUGACGGACGAGCAAUUCGAUGCGUGGGCGGAUGGCAAGGAGUCGAUCGACUUUGCCCGGUGUGUGGCGGUGAUGCUGGAGAUGGUCAUCAUGUGCUUCGACAUGUGCGCCGUGUGCGACCGGCACCUGCUCGACGAAAAGGCCGUCGCCGCCCCCUGCAAGCCGACGGGCAAGAACAAACACUACCGUCAGACGUCGAUGGGAUGGACUUGUCCGCAGUGUGGUGGCACCCUGGUACUGACCAAAGCCGCCGCGGGGACCAUGUGCUUCGGCUGCAGGAGCGUCGUCACCUCUGGCGUGCCCGUCUACCACUGCCGCACUUGCCCCGACACUCUCUUGGUGGGCCUCUGCACCAGAUGUGAGGCCGCCAGGGGGUUCGUCCGCACUUGCCCCAAGGGCCACCACCUCAUCCAGAAGGUACGUACGUUGGCCGAUCGAUCGCUCAGUCUGGUGAAACAAAGGUCAUGCUGUGGUUGGGAAAUACAUGUAUGUGCUGUCCCCCCCCCUCUCUCAGGACAUGAAGUUGGACAGGAAGUGCCAGGGGUGCCCCAACUACAUGAGCAACUGCCAUCGGUGUUCGGUCUGCGAGUACAACCUCUGCCAGACGUGCAUCAGGCCCAACCGGAGCCUUAAUAGCAGCUAGACAGACAGGCCCGCUAUGGCUUAGUCAGCCAGCCGGGUUUUUUCCCUUAGUCGGGGUUCUCCCCAUUAAUUGACUGAUUCACCGAUGGAUCCCUGUAGUGCGGGGAGCGUGUUGUGUGUUGUGUUGUGUUGUGUGUUGAGUGUUUGUGUCUUUGUUGCAAUUGUGGGCCAUUCCGCAUGUGUCAGUGAGUCGAUUGACGAGCUUUUUUGCCCGUAUCUGUGCAUACUCGGGGGGUGAUCAUCAGCGCCUGGGCGGGCUGUGCGUGCCUGCCUGCCUGCCUGCCUCUUGCGUAUGGUUGGUGGUAUGUCAGCCAGCCAUCCGUCGUGGAUAUUUGGGUGUGUUUGUCUUACCCAGUCGCCCGCCUGUCUGUCUGUCUGUGUGCCCGCAAUGAGCGGUGUCCGACCAAAUGGAUCAGAAUAGCUGGAUUGAGUGUUCUCUGACUACGGGAUGCAUUGGGAUGCAUUCGCACAGCAGCCAGCCAGCCAGACAGCCAGACUGGGGAAGUGUGUUUCUGAUGGUGUUCUGCGCACGCAGUGGACGCGGGCAGCGGUGGUGCAUUGGACAGAUCCACUGCUGUCUCGAUUCGAUGAAUGCACGUCCGCGCGAUGUGAUUCCAUAGGUGUGUAUUGCCUGCAUACGCACACCAUACCAUGCCAUGCGACUGACUGACUGACUGACUGACUCACUGCGUGAGAUGGAUGGACGCCUCGCGCUGCACGCAUGUGCGCUUGUGUGAGUCCACGUGGACGAUGACCUUUCCUGUUGAACUUCCCUGUCUACAAGAUGGCCGAUGCCACCGAUGUGAUGGAUGCCGAGGC